AUGCGGGACGGCUACGUAAGCAGAACGUGGCCCUAUGCGAUGAACGCGGAGCCACACGACGCCCAUGAGCUGGCUGUUAGCCAGUGGGGUGCAGGCAGUACAGCUGAGGCAGCUCAGAUGCACAUCAAGGCUUUGGAGGCUCAGAAGAAGGUGCUUGGGCCUGAGCACUCUGACACUCUAUCUGGAAUGGCACAUGUGCUGUAUGCAUUACACGAGCAUGGCAAUAUCUCAGGAGCAGAGGAGAUUGGGAUGCAGCUAUUUGCAACCAGGAAGAGGAAGCUGGGGGCAAAGCACCCUGACACACUGUCCACCAUGACGGAUCUGGCUUCUGUGCUGAGGGAGCAGGGGAAAUGGAAGGAGAGUGAGAAGAUAGAGCUUGCAGUGUAUGAGACCAGAAAAAGGAUCCUGGGCCCAGUGACCUCUAACUUGUACGAUAUAUCUGGAAACUGGUCUGUGCGCAUUCGUAUCUUUGUAUAUAAGGCUCGCUCUGCUCGCCCAUCACACUAUGACACCGCCUGGAGCAUGGUGAAGAUUGCCUGGGGAUAUGUGGAGCAGGGCAGAUUCAGAGAGGCCGAGGAGCUGCAGCAGCAGAUAUAUGAUCUAGCCGAGAGUGUCCUGGGCCCAGAGCACCCUGAUACCCUGUCUAUCAUGGCAGAUAUUGGGGCUAGGAUGGCAAAGGAGGGCAAAUAUGCAGAUGCAGAGAGGAUGCAGAGGAAGAUCAUCGACAUGUUCACAAAGAUUUUGGGUCCGGAUCACCCGGUGGUCAUUCUCAGAAUGGGAGACUUGGCAUCCACACUCCUAUCUGCUGGGAUGCUCACGGAGGCUGAAACUCUAAGCAGGCAUGUGAUGGAGUACAGACAGAAGCAGCUGGGGCUCGAGCAUCCUCAGACUCUGGCUAGCAUAAAUAACUUGGCAUCUGUGUUGCUCGAAGCGGGAAAACUCACGGAGGCUGAGGAGCUGCAGCUGCAAGUUGCAGAGAUUGGCCCGAGGGUGCUAUCACCUCGAAGCAGGGACCUGUUAACCCACAUCAACAAUCUCGCCUCUACCUAUCUAGCCCAGCAGAAACUAGAUGAGGCAGAGAAACUGCACUCCGAGGCACUCGAGAAGUGCAAGAAGGCAUUCGGGUCGGAGAACACCUUACACCCCGCGGUUCUGAUCCACAUGAACAACUUGGCAUUUGUAUGGAGCAAGCAGGGCAAGCACGAAGACGCCGUGAGGAUGCAGCUCGAUGUGCUGAAACAAAGGCAGCGUGCCCUGGGCCUCGACAACCCGCUGACUCUCGUCAGCAUCAACAACCUGUCUCAGACGCUGUACAACAAGGGCGACUACAUCAGAGCAGAAGUGAUGCAGGUCAAGUUGCUGGUGGACUCCAAGAAGAUCAUCGGCCCGGAGCACUACGAUACGCUGCAGCGCAUGCACAACCUCGCGCGGACCAAGAAAGCGCUCGGACAGGUAGACUCUGCAGUCACGCUCAUGACUGAGACCGUCGAGCUGAAGACGAAAGCGCUCGGACUGGGCCAGUCGUCCACCCGGGCCUCGGCCGACACUCUGGCGUCAUGGAAGGACGAGUAG